AUGCUGCUGCUGCUGCUCUGCUGGCUGCCCACGCGAGUCCCGGCGCAGCCGCGCGAGGCCGCGGUGGCCGCGCUGAGCCUGGGGCUGCGGGGACGGCCCGUGAGGGAGGUGAGCCCCGCUUUCCUCUCGCUCACGCUGGACGCCAGCCUGGCCCAGGACCCGCGAUACGUCACCUUCCUCAGCAACCCCAGGCUGCGCACCCUCGCCAGAGCCUUGUCCCCAGGCUUCCUGAGGUUUGGCGGCACCAAAACRGAUUUUCUCAUCUUCGAUCCUGGCAGGGACUCAACCUUAGAAGAGAAAAUCCUUCAGGAGCUUCAGGUGAAGCAAGAGGCUUGUGGAUUAAGGUCUGGGUUUUCGGCUGUUGAGAACCUGCUGCUCGCCCAGUGGCCCGCCCAAGAGAAGUUAAUUCUUAAGGAGCAGUACUGGAAAAAGCACAAGAACACCACCAUUACAAGAAACACAGUGGACAUCCUGUACAGCUUCGCAAACUGUUCACAGUUUCACCUGAUCUUCGGGCUCAAUGCCCUGCUGCGGAAAAACGGCCUGCAGUGGGACAGCUCCAACGCGCRGCUGCUGCUGGAUUACUGCGCGUCCCAGGGCUACAACAUGUCCUGGGAGCUGGGGAACGAGCCCAACAGCUUCAGGAAGAAGUCCGGCCUCUCCAUCGACGGCUUCCAGCUGGGGCAGGACUUCGUUCACUUGCGGCACGUGCUGGACGGCUACAGCCUGUACYGGCGCGCGCAGCUCUACGGGCCGGACGUGGGGCAGCUGCAGAAGCACACGCAGAAGCUGCUGCGCAGCUUCCUGAAGUCGGGAGGGAAGGUGAUUGAUUCUGUCACUUGGCAUCACUACUACGUGAAYGGACGACAUGCCACAAGAGAGGAUUUCCUGAGCCCAGAAGUGCUGGAUUCUUUUUCCACAGCGAUACGUGACGUCCUUGAGAUCGUUGACGCAACCGUACCCAAUAAGAAGGUUUGGUUGGGAGAAACCAGCUCAGCSUAUGGAGGAGGCGCCCCCAAACUGUCCAACACAUACGUCGCUGGCUUUAUGUGGUUGGACAAACUUGGCCUUGCGGCCAGGCAGGGGCUUGACGUGGUGAUGAGGCAGGUGUUCUUUGGAGCAGGAACCUACCAUCUGGUGGAUGCAAAUUUUGAACCUUUGCCGGACUACUGGCUGUCGCUGCUGUACAAGAAGCUGGUGGGCACCAAGGUGCUGCGCGUUGGCCUGAAGGGAGGCGCCCAGCAGCAGCUCCGCGUGUACCUGCACUGCACCAACACGCACCACCCAAAGUACAGAGACGGCGACGUUACGCUGUUCGCUCUGAACCUCUACAACGCGACCAGAUAUUUGCAGCUGCCCAAGAGCUUAUCUAGCAAGCACGUGGACGAAUACCUUCUCCUGCCGCACGGCAAGGAGAACAUACUUUCCAGGUCUAUUAAGCUGAAUGGCCGUGUCCUAAGGAUGGUGGAUGACAAAAUGCUGCCAGCACUUACUGAAAAGCCCCUCGGUCCAGGGAGUAUUCUCGGCCUUCCGGCUUUUUCUUACGGGUUUUAUGUUAUCAAAAAUGCCAAAGCUACUGCUUGCAUCUAAAUGUUGAAGGCUACUGUAGUAGCAGCUGGCUGGUGAUGAAGUUUGAUGCUAGAAAUUCACAUUUCUAUUAGCGAGGUCUAACUCUGGCAAUCAGUUCAAAGCCGGUGGUACUGGUUUUGUUAGUGGCGUAGACAGGCAGGCAUAGCGUAUAACUGGUGUGUAAAACACGUUUGCUGAGCUUCCAGAGCAAAUUCUCAAGUAGAAGAGCUUCAGAUGGAGUCUUUUUGUUGAUUAUUUUUCCUUUGUCUGGUCUGCAUCAGUACUUCUGAUAUCAAGAUCCUUUCCUAUUCCAUAUGUUACACCGCAUAUGUUUUUUCACACUGCAAUUCCGGGUCCAUUCCAUUAUUUUGUAGUUUAUGUAAAGGGAGUUUUCAGAGCAUUUGAUCUAACUUGACUUCAGAAAAGAUUAGGACUGUUUUUUUUUUAAACACACACAGCUGUGGCUUUGCUUGCAGCAUACACAAGAAGCACUCACAGCCUGGGAAUUUUGUAGCUGCUAACAGCUACAGACCUAUUUAAUCUCAAGACUACUGGCAAUCCAGCCCCUCUCACGGGCUAGCAAUCCCCUCGGGAAGCACAGAAACCAUUAGGGGCACAAAAAGGAAAAAAAAAAGCUGAAGGUGGAAAUUCUGAAUGGGAAUUGAAAUGAAGGAAAAUGCCAUUCAGAGAAGCCAAAGCUCUUAUAAAAUUUUGGACAGCUCGCUGACUGAUAGAGCUUGUCCACACAUCUCCUAAGUUACGAUGGCUGGGUCACAAGAUGGAACUCUAGCCCUGCGUUUCCCAAGGAGGUUUCUUGAGAAAUAGGACAGUUGCUCCUUCAGAACAGCCGGCAGUCAGUAUAGCUUUAAAUACUGCUUUAAAUAAAUGUAUUUUUAUUUAAAUAAACUAUCGCUUUAAAUAAGUGCUUUAAUGAAAAAGGCUUAAAAAACAGAAAAUUGAUAGCAAGGCUUAUGAAGCUGUGAUCCAAAAUGGUCACAAUGGAUGGGACUUCAAAACCAUCUCCACUGUUAGGAGCCUUGUGCAAAGGCUUGUACAUGGGGAAGUAAUAUAGACCCAAAAGAUAAAUCAGACGGACCAAGUUUUGUUUACACAGCCAGAGUUCAACAGGAGAAUAAACRGGCAGUGUGAGGUGAUGGGGCAAAAUGUGUCAAUAUGAAGUGUUAAAAAAUUUAGACAUAAAAUUUGUUCUUUGCUUGGUAGCUUCGUUUAAGAACUAACAACUCUG